AAAAUGUUAACAUACCAUAUUACUGGUCUUGCUAUUAGAGGGUAUGAUAAAACUUGUAAGCAGUGGAAACCGGAAAAAAAUGAAGUUCUUGAGUGCAGUUGUGAGGGGGCAGUUGUUGUGAUGAAAGGAAAAGUAAACUGUGGCUCUGUGCCCACAGAUAUACAGGAAGAGUCAAAAAAGUUUAUAUUGGCUGGUGGCAGUAUAAAAGCUGAAGUUAUAGAUAUAAAUCCAAGGUAUAGAGGUAAAGGGAAAGAAAUACCUUGCAUAUAUAUUUGGUCUGGUCUGAACAAUCAAUUGAUCAAGGAUGCAGGGAAGGCAGCUAAAUUAGCUGUGGCCAAAGCAAGGAAAGUGUUUGGUGAUGAUGGAAUUAAGUUUGAACAGCAAAAAAUACCACCAGAAGAAAAGCCAGGAACAUCUAGUGGAAAUCGACCUGCAAAAAGCAGUAAAAAAGAGAAUGAAAAGAAAAUGUUAACAUACCAUAUUACUGGUCUUGCUAUUAGAGGGUUUGAUAAAACUUGUAAGCAGUGGAAACCGGAAAAAAAUGAAGUUCUUGAGUGCAGUUGUGAGGGGGCAGUUGUUGUGAUGAAAGGAAAAGUAAACUGUGGCUCUGUGCCCACAGAUAUACAGGAAGAGUCAAAAAGGUUUAUAUUGGCUGGUGGCAUUAUAAAAGCUGAAGUUAUAGAUAUAAAUCCAAGGUAUAGAGGUAAAGGGAAAGAAAUACCUUGCAUAUAUAUUUGGUCUGGUCUGAACAAUCAAUUGAUAAAGGAUGCAGCGAAGGCAGCUAAGUUAGCUGUGACCAAAGCAAGGAAAGUGUUUGGUGAUGAUGGAAUUAAGUUUGAACAGCAAAAAAUACCACAAGAAGUAAAG